AUGCCAGCUGCGAGACGUACCCGUAGUUCGGCUCACACUAGUAACCUGGCUCCGACGAAGCGGGCAAGAAAGUCCGCCACCUCGAGCUCGAGUACAAGUACAAAGGCUUUCACAACACCACGACAGGCAAAAUACCCACCAUGGGCCACCUUGCCAUACCAUGUCCUCGUUCCUAUCCUCAAAUUUGCUGCUACGAACUCGCAGAACAAUUCGAUCCCAAUUGACCAUGCAUGGCUCGCCAACGCUGCUCGUACCUGCAAAGCCUUUGCAGACCCCGCCAACGAUCUCCUUUACCAUACACCUCCUAUGACUCCCAUCUCCCGGCUUCGCAAAUUUUUCGAUGCUCUGAAAGCAAAUCCAUUACUUUCGAGGAAGGUUCGGAGAAUUGAGUCACAUUCUGCGGAGAUCUGUGAUACCAAGCUUCUCAAGUUUGGAUUGCAGGAUAUCGUCCAACUGUCCACGCACGUUACAGGCGUUUGCGUUUCUUCGGGUCCUUGGAGCCCUGAGCUCCUUUACGCUUCGGGGCGGAAGCCAGAUAUGGACCCGGGCGUUCUUACGGCGUUACAGAACAAUGGCACUAGGUUGCAAGACUGGACAUGGGAUGGUGAGCUCUGUUGGGCUAUUGCGGCCCAGUAUGACACUCGUGAUGAAUCUCCUAAGAAGAAGACGAGAACUCAGAGGGGCUUUGGGUGGUUGCAUGCCGUCCAUAAGGAUGUCGAGCCUUUCAAAUCAUUGAAGGCUCUUACGAUCACGGGAUUUGAUACCCCGACGCCCCUCGAGUAUUACCGCGACGACGAGGAAGAGGGCGAGGUUGAGGCACAAAUUGCCACUAUUGCUAGCUCUCUGGGGCAUUUGAAAUACCUCAAGGAUCUGGCCUUGAAGGACUGUACAUUCGUCAACGCAUACUUCCUAAGCCAGCUUGCUGGCGUUCACGAACUCAAGCGCCUUGUUUUGGAAGAUCUAAAGAAUAUUAACACUAUCGAUCUUCAGAGUUUCCUGCAACUGAGUGGGAAACAUCUUGAAGAGCUUGAGGUCAUUCACUGCCCAGGCAUCUAUGCCGGAUUUCUGAGCAUCCUAGACACCGCCACGCCCAGCCUUAAGAGGCUUCUCUACGAGGAUGUCCCCGGGGUUCUGAGUCAUGAAGAGCUUGAGCUACUCGAAAUACCAAUGCCGAGGUGGCCGCAAACUCUUGAGAGUUUGAUUAUGCGAGGCCUGGGUAAUUGGACUGCCGCUGAUUGUGAAAGAGUUUUAGAAGGAAUGGCUGAUACCGCUAGAAAUGGGGGUUUCAUGGCGUUAAGGGAAAUUGAUAUUUGGUGCAUCCUCCCUGAGUUGAGCUGGAGAGAUCGUGCUGCGAGUAGGAGGAGAUGGGGCGAUGAGUUCGCUAUGGCGUUCUUGGAUCGCCGUGGGAAUGCCUGGAAGGAAUUUGUUGCGAAGAAAAAGAGUGAGGGGCAUAAGGUCAAAUGGGACCCCAACGUUACCGUUGGGCUUUGUGAAAGAGUUUUGUUUCGCUUGGAUGAUUCAAGACCUACGGGGAAUCAACUCAGGGAGGCCGAUUUCUUGGAUCUGUCUGAGAGUCGGCCGACGAAGAGGAGCCCGAAAAAGGCUGCAGCUGUUCCAAAGAGAGCUUCUCCGAAGAAGAAAGGGAAACAGGCCGCAGCACUUAAGGAGGCAUCGCCGAGCAGGUCCAAUCCUAAGAAAAGAAGGGGAACGCAGAAGUCGCAAACUUUUGUCGUUGGGUCUAAGAGGGCGAGAUAUAAUAGUGAUGAGGAUUCAGACUUCAAGGUCGAUAGGCUGGCCUAUGAAGAUGAAGAUGGGAAUGAUUCAAGUUGGUCUGUGGAUGACAUGGAAAACUAG